UGUGCGGAGAGCUUGUCAGAUUAUUAACAUGAGUGGCUAAGUGGCGACGUAAUUGAUGCAUACUCAUCAUUUUUGGUGGACAAAGUUAAUGAUGAUCAUUUCAUGUUAACAACUUGGAGGGUACAUUGGUUGCUUCACGUUAGACCCGGAAAAAAGACCGCCAGUAACGAUUAUGAAGCAGAGUCGCAUAGUAAUGGACCCGUGAACAGAUGUGAGGACGAGUAUUUCAAAAAAUCAAAGACUUACAUUCCUCUAAACAAGCAAAAUAAUCACUGGAUUACUGUCGUCAUGCAUAGCGGAAAAAGAGAGUUUCAGGUUCUUGACUCGUUGAUGACCGGAAAACUUGACACUGUUACUAGAGAACUCGUUGAGGACCUGAGAAAACAACUAGCAGAAGAUAUCCAAGAAGCAAAUGCAACCGGAAUUGUGAAUUAUCCGGAUGUUUCCAAGUGGCCUAUUCAAACGUAUGACAUGCCAAAACAACAUGAUGGGUACGCAAGUCAUGUUUGGACUAUGAUGUACAAUGAACGCUGUGCUAACACCAUUUUUUUCAGACCUCUAUUGAUGAUUCGAGAGAGUUAA